AUGACCGCGGCGACGGAGGAGAAAACCGAGCGCGAGUACGCCGCGAUGGCGGAGGGGCUCGGGAAGAAGCUCAAGACCGCGAUCAGCGGCGGGAAAGCGCCGCUCUUGAAGAUUCUGCAGGACGCGUCCGACGCGCUUUCGAGGGUAGGCCAAGGCGAAGAAGGCGGCGAGAUCAAGGAGCUCCCGAAGAACCUCGUCCUUAAAGGACUUCUGAAGAACAAAGACCAGAUCCUCGCGCUCGUCUCGCAGGAAGUUCGCCUGUACACCGCGCUGUGCCUCAGCGACGUGCUGCGGAUCUUCGCCCCCGAGGAGCCGUUUCAGAACGACGAGACGCUCAAGGACAUCUACAGCGCGUUCCUCGAAGCGCUGAAACACCUCGAGGACCCGACGAAAGUCGCCUUCCAGUGCGCGCAGUCGCUCUUACAGAACAUCGCGACGAUCGGUCUGUGCGUCCCGAUGCUCGACCUCGAGUGCGAGGGCGCGGGCGCGCUCGUCGUGAAGCUGUUUCAAGUCUUGCUCGACGCGGUGAACCCGAUGAACGCGUCGCUCGUGGAGGAAGACGCGACGAAGGUGCUGUGGACGAUGCUCGAGGAGUCCGAGGACGUCGGUCCGGAGAUUCUGAGCGCGAUCAUGGAGAGGCUCGUGCAGCCGUGUAAGACGGACAACUCCGCCGCGCACGCGUUGGCGUGCGAGCUGAUUCGUAAAAACGACAGCAACUUGCAGCUCGCGGUGCAACACUUCUUGAUCGACGCGCUGAAGAACAAAGGGAACGGCGAGCACGCCAUGAGCAAGCGGUUCGUGGACGUCCUCGAGGCGAUCGCGGUCGUGGACUCCACGUCACUCGUCACCGUGUGGCCGGUGCUCAUGGACGAGCUUCACUGCGACGACGAGGAUGCGCGGAUGCGCGCGGUGAAGGUUUUCGGCCGCGUCCUCGCUGCGCCGGGGAGCACGGUAGCGAAGGACUUCGCGCACUACCUCACGCAGUUCCUGAGACGGUUUCAAGAUAAGAAGCCGGAGGUGAGAGUCGAGAUGCUGAAGUGGGCGUCCGCGUUCGUCCUGAACAGCGAGUGCGACGACGCCGCGAUCGAGAACGAAGUCGUGUCGCACUUUAAAGAGCGCCUGUACGACUUCGAAGAGAAAGUGCGCGUCGCCGCCGUCGCCGCGGUGAGCGACAUCGCGGAGGUGAAGCCGAACGCGAUCGACGGCGAAAUGUUACGGUCCCUAGGCGAGCGCAUGAGGGACAAGCGCGCGAGCGUGAGACAUCCGGUAAUGAAGCGUCUCGGCGCGGUGUACCGAGCGUUCGCUGGUCGACACGCCGACGCGGAGACGCCCGCCGCGGAGGCGGCGCGGUUCGAUUGGAUCCCGAGCACGCUGCUGAAAGGGUGCGCGCAGGCGGACGUCAUGCACCACGGCGUCGAGCCCGUGAUCGUGGAUCUGUUCCCCGCGCGCGUCUCCGUCGAGCGCCGGUCCAUGUUCUGGCUCUCCGCGCUGUGCAAGCAAGACGAGCACGCGAGCAAGGCGCUGUGCUGCAUCUUGCGGAACAAGACCUACGCGCAGCGGGACGUGCGAGCGUAUUUGGACCUUCGAACGAAGUCCCGGGCGUCGCAGAUGUCCCAGGGCACCGGGGAGGAGCUCGCGGACGUCUCCGCGGACGACUUCACGCGGGCGAUUCACACGAUCGCGUGCCAUUUCCCGGAUCAAACGAAAGCGGUCGCGAGCAUGGAGAAGGUUCACGCGAUGAAGGAUGGGAACAUCUUCCGCGGGUUCUCUUCGCUUUUAAAGCCGGAGUUGUCCGCGGCGGAGUGCACUUCGAUCACGGACGACGUCCUGAAGCGCAUCGGGAGCAAGAGCGCGACGUACGAGUUCGCGAAGCUGCUCAUGAUCAAGAUCGCGCAGCAGCCGUUCGGUCGCGAGCACGUCAGAAAGGUGCUCGACAUCGUCGCCGCCGCGGCGAAGCACAAAAACGCGACCGGAUCGAUGACCGCCGCGCUCGAGCACCUCGUGCAGCUCGCCGGGAGCGCGCCGCACAUCUUCCAGGGCGUCGCGAAGGAGCUCUCGAGCUUGAUCUUCCACGCGGACGCCUCCGUCGUCACCGCGGCGUGCAAAAUCACCGCGGACGCGCCGAACUGCCUCGCCGGCGCGGGGUCGCGCCAGGCGAAGAUUUGCGAGAGGCUCAAGCUGUUGUGCGUCGAGGGGACGCGCACGCAGGCGAUGCACGCGGCGGCGACGCUCGCGAAGCUCGCGGCGAUCGGCGAGAGAAACAGCGAACACGCGAACGACCUCUUCGUCGCCGUCGUCGAAGCCGCGCAGGAGGACGAGCUCCUGGACAGCAACCUCCCCGCGGUGCUCGCGACGGUGCAAGUCGUCGCGUCGAACGCGCCCGGGUUGUUUUUACGUCACCUCGAAGGCGUGGAGAGGUUCAUCGUGAACGACGUCCUGAAGCGCGAGCUGCCUCGCGGUAAGAAAUCUCGCGCGGCGGCGAGCUCCGUCGCGGAACUGCGCGGGUGGGGGAUCGAGGCGUUAGCGAACGGCUGCUGUCGCGCGGCGUCGCUCACGGGGGAGCAGGCUGCGAGCGACGAGAGAAGAGGGUUCAUCGCGCGCGUCGUGGACGUCUUGCGCGCGACGCUCUCGGAGCCGAUCUCCGGGACGGAGGCGGACGCCGCGCACGUUAAGAUCGCCGCGGUGAAGGCGACGCUCUUGAUCGCGCGCACGGAGAACGCGUCGAUCCCGGCUGACGUGUUCAUCGCCGCGAUGUACGCGUCGAGGUACGCCCCGGACGACGUCAUCGACAUGAUACAGCAUGGCGUCGCGAAGGAGGGGCUGCCCCACGUGUACGCGUCCGCGCUCGCGGUCCUCGCGGUGGAGUGCCGCGGGGACACGCGGAAGUUCGCGUCCGACGCGCUUCUCGCGGUCGUGGACCGCGUCCGCGCCAAGUCGGAAGCCUCCGUCGCGAGGUUGAGCCGCGUCAUGAAGGACGAAGAGAAGCUCUCGCGGACGCUGCUCACGUACACGCCGGAGUACGCGCUGACGACGCUCGUGUACCUCCUCGCGCACCACCCUUCGCUCCCGAGCAAAGAAGACGGCGCGGCGAACGACGGGAUCGCGUACCGCCCGUUUCAGCAGAUGAUCAGCGUCGCGGUGAACGCGCUCGUUCACGGCACGAACGGGGAGACGAUCCCCGCGGCGUACGCGAUGAUGCGAGGGUUGAAACGCGCGAAGGACGCGAACGAGGAGGACGCGAACGACCACGGGAUUUACGUCCUCGCGGACAUCGCGCUGUUCGUGCUCAAGGACGUCGCGUCCACGAAAGGGUGGGACACCGGUCCGUACCCUGGCAAGGUGGCGUACGAUCGCAAGCUGUACGUCGUCGGUCAGAGCGGGACCGCGCGAAACGACCCGCUCACGGAGGGCGGACGCCCGAGGGUCGGGGACUUUUCCCACCUCCCCGUCGGGUUCUCGCUGAAGAGCGGCAAAGCGGCCGCGGGCGGGGCGAGGACGAAACCGUCGGGAGGGAGGAACAACGAGAACGCCCUGGCGCUCGCGAUGACCCCCGCGGCGAAACCCACGGCGGCGCCGUCGCGGAUGAUGCCGGAACGCGCCGCGAGGAAAGCCGCGAUCGUGGACGACGCGGACGCGAGCGUCGAAGACGAGGACGACAUCCUCCCCGAGUCGAACGACGCGGACGUCGUGAACCUGGGGCGGUAUGGUAUGGAGGUGAUCGCGCCGCCGCUAGAGCUUCCCGCGCCGGGCGGAUGGGACGACGCGCAGACGUUGGUCGGGAGCGACGAAGCCGCGACGGCGACGGAGGCGCCGACGACGGCGCCGAAAACCGCGCCGCGGCCGGCGCCGAGAAGCGCGGAGAAGUCCGACGCCGGCGGGUCUUCGCACAAGAAAAAGUUCUUGAGGCCCCUGAGCGACAAGAAGAACACGGAUAACAAGCCGUCGCCGCUGACGGCGAAGACUCCGGUCGCGAAAGUCGCGAGCCCGGUGACGGCUCUGCGCAGGACGCGCAGGAGGCAGGAGAACGUGGACGAGUAUGAUUUUUCCCCGGAGCUCGACGUCGCGGAGGCGCCGGUGCGGGUGAGCAAGAAAGCGAAGGGAAAACGGUGA